AUGGGCCGCCUUGAAGCUAUCGCACGUUCCAUCGUGCUGACAAUCAUCAACGGCGCGAAGAAGAGGUCUCGCUCGCCGAUCGCGAUUAUCCUAAGCCUCAUCUCCACCAUCUUCUCCUUUUACCAGCUUCCCCUCCACAAGCAUCGUCCCGAAGUAUUCGCCAAUCUACGUCGGCAGUCCUGGGAAGUCGGUGAGGACGAAUACCUAGCUUCUUUCCGUGCCGAAGAUGGUGGCAAGCCAGAAGAUGCGCUCUCUCCAAUGGGGGACAUGGGCUUCUCCGGAUCGUCGUUCUUCUCGACUGCCGAUCAGAAAUACCUCGUCAAAUCUGUGCCGCGACAUCAUGAACACACCUUCUUCCGAAAUGACCUGCUCGACAUCUACGCUUCCUAUAUGGGCGCCCAUCCGAAGACACUCCUCAUACGCAUAUGCGACUUUCUUGCUAGCUCUGGGUUGGCUAUUGGACACCAAUUGAGCAUGGCUCCCAAUCAUCACAUCGUGAUGGAGAAUUUGAUGUAUGGGCAGGAGGAGGCCAAGGAGGCAGGCGCUCCAAAAUGGGAGAACUGGGACCUGAAGCCUACAAGCUAUUUCUAUCCAGAACGAGACAUUGCCGAUGGCAGGCUGACGAGCGAGGCGACCAAGGAUCAACUGGCGGAUGAGUUCAACGACAAGAUCAUCCUGACUACGGAACAGGCACAAGAGUUCUGGCGCAAUUUGGAGGAGGACACACGGAUGCUGGCUCACUACAACGCCGUCGACUACUCCCUAUUCCUCGUGCGAAUCAACGCUGAAAACGCUGGACACGCGGUCAACAACCCGUCAGCAUCUGGUUCCGCAGCAGAAAAUGUCGUAGACGCGCUGCCUCGCGAUCCGCCCUCCGUGCCUCCUGAGCCACCGUCCUGGCGGACCGGAGUUCCAAGCGCAGACGGCAAGUUCGUUUACCGCGCAGCUAUCCUCGACUUUUUCUGGGCCAAGCACAAGACCCAGCCAAGAGUUAUGACGUUCCUGGUUAACGCGUACAACAAGCUCAUCCAUCACCAUGGCCCGAUGAGCAUUACUACGACGCCUGAAGAAUAUCGGGAGAGGUUUUUGAAACUGUGCCACGACAUUGUGGAGGUGAGAGAGAAUGCAUCGGAGCUAUGA